GGAAUAUUUCGCGCCAAUUUGAAACAAGAGAGCAGUGAGUGUGAGCGGUGGAAAAGAGAGGAGCAGACACACAAACCACCGCACUGAACUUUUAAAGUUUCACUCUUUAUUUUUCGCACAAUUCAAGGUAGGUACGAAGGUAAUUCAAAACUCUUGACCGUGAUGUAGGAAGAAGAGAAGCAAAGUAAUUAAACGCUGUAAUGAACUUUUUGGUGUAUAAAGCGGAAUUAAAAAGUGUUUUUCUCUGUGUAGUUUUGUGAACAUGGAGGAGGCUAACAAGCUAAUUGGAGCUGGAAAGAAGCACCUGGUAAUGGGGAAGGUGGUCGAGGCUGUAAGCACCCUGCAGGAGGCCUGCGGCAUACUGUGAGUUCACCAUCACACAAAAGAAACACACAAACGCUCUGGCGUUUUAUUAAAAGACACUUAAAAUCAUCCUGAAUGUAUAUAUAUUGAAUGUAUAUUUAAGCGUUUAUAAGUUUUUGUUUGUUCUUGAAGUUUUUUUUUAGUGUUUUUUAAAUCGAGUUUUUAAUACAGUGUUUUGGCUUUUUCUUUAAGAUAUUAAAGUUACUUUAUAUCUUGUUAUUCGUCAAUAAGAUGGAAUAAAUUGUUGUAAAUUAGGAAAAAAGUUACAUAUUUUUGUUUGUUCGGCUUUUUUUUUGUGUGUUUUUAAAUCGAGUUUUUAAUACAGUGUCUUGGCUUUUUCUUUUAGAUUAAAGUUACUUUCUAUCUGGUUAUUUGUCAAUAAGAUUGAAUAAAUUGUCCGAAAGCAGGAAAAAAGUUUACAUAUUCAUUAAUGUCGCAAUUUUUUUAAAGUUUUGAAGUAAAUGAUGGAAAUUAAGUGUUCAUGAAAUCAUUAAGCAUUCAUUAUGAAAAUCUCAAGUUUGUUUUUUGUCUUUUAGGGCUAAAAAGUAUGGAGACACUGCAGAUGAGUGUGGGGAGGCUUUCUACUGGUGUGGAAAAGCUCUGCUGGAUUUAGCACGGUAUUCUUUGAUUGAUUUUAACUCUGAGUUGUAUUUAGAUUAUUGCCCGCUAUGGUUUCAGAUUUUGCACAUCUUUAUCAUUCAUCUUAACCAUAUGAAAAUUGACAUGUAUGAGGUUCUGUUCCUGUAGGAUGGAGAAUUCAGUUCUGGGAAACGCUCUGGAAGGAGUACCGGAGGAGGAGGAGGGAGAAGAAGAAAAACCCAAAGACUCAAACAUUGACAGCACAGAAAACGUUGAUGGUGAGAUGGUCAUUUCCAUCUUUCUUUGCCUUAUUUUGGGCGGUUUAAAUUCUGAAUUGUGCUUUUUAAACUUUAACAGAGAAGACCCGAGAUGAGCUGCGGGUUCAGGUGUACGACGCCAUGGCAGAGAAGAAAGAUGAGGAUAAAGAGAAGAAGAAGGAUGAAGAUGCUGAGAAAGAAGGAGAGAAGCAAAGUGAAGAUAAAGAGAAGAACGGUGAUGUAGAGAAAGUGGAGAAUGGUGAUGAGAAGGAACAGAAGGAAGCAAAGAUGGAUGGAGAGGAGGAAAAGAGCCAGGCAGAAGAAAAGAAACCUGCUGAUAGUGUAGAAAAGACGGAGAACGAGAAGGAGGCUGAGAAAGAACCAGAAGAUAAAAAAGAAGAGGCAGAAGGUGACUUGAUUUUCCACCUCUGUCUGUCCUUUUAGGGCAGAUCUUGAUUGUUAAUAUCUUUCUAGUAGUUAAAUUUGCAUGUUGUUCAAUUUUUAAACUUAAGUUGAUGUUUUAGAUGAGGAGGAGGAGGAGGCAGAAGAUGGCGAGGAUGCAGAAAUGGAGUGUGACACAGAAGGUCAGGGUGAGGGAGACACUGCUGCUGAGAAGGUACAUGACCAUAUUCCUCAUGUGCAAAUCCAAAUAAUGUGUCUGAAAGUGUGAUUUGAUGUCACAUUUUAAAAGUCUCUUCGUGUCCGCCAGGAAAGUGAUGAUGAGGAGGAGGAGGUGGGGAACCUGCAGCUUGCCUGGGAGAUGUUGGAAGUUGCUAAAGUCAUCUACAAACGGUAACCUUUCCUCUGUGCCGAGCUGUGACUUGGUUGGGUACAUCUCCAAACCUGAUUGGCUAAUAUGUUUGAUUUGAUUUAUCAGGAAAGAGACCAAGGAGGAUCAACUCAUGGCGGCACAGUCUCACUUAAAACUGGGGGAAGUUUCUGCUGAAUCAGGUACAAACAAAUCACUGGAUAACUCUUGUUUUGUGAACUUUUUCCUCCCUUAUUUACUACGUGACUCAUUCACCUUUUAAUACACACAUUUUAACACUGAUAGCAGAUGCUGCUAUGUUACCUGCCAGUUUUAACUGUCCACAGAGACCCUGAGCCACCUCCAAUUGUGUCCUCUGCUUUUCUGCAUGUUUUUUUUUAAACAAUAGAUGGCGAAAAAUCUAAAUCCUAUAACAAAUCAAUGACCUUACAGUGUUCUCAAAGCAGUGUGAUAUGAGCCGGAGUAUCCAUGCAGUGAUUUCCUGUCAAACAAAACACCACAUUAAGUAGUUUCAUGUUAAAACUCACCCCUGCCUAUAGAUGUGUUUAGGCCACUAUAGGAAUAUUGUGAAGUGGGACCUUUCACAACCACAUGAUCAGUGUCAAGCAUAUUCACACUAAAAGACUCGAUACAUUUACAUGACACUUGAGAAAACCGAAUUAUUGCCUAACUCUGAUUACUAGGACAACUGAAGUGCAUGUAAACACCUUAGUCCGACUAUAAUUGGAGUUUGAGAACUCUGAUUAAGACACCCAGAUAAUGCGACUGGGAUUCGAUUUUCUCUACCAUGUAACCAGCAUAGUCGGAGUAUGAUAAGACAAUGCAUGUGCGCGUGCACCACGCCCCUGUAGCCCCGUAACAAGAACACCAGAGAAGAGGCUAGUGUGCAUGUCAUCUGCAGAAAAAGUAGUGCUUACAUCAUGUACGACAAAAACAACGCUGUACGAUGCUCCAUCUUCUUGCUCGAAAAUGCCCAGCAGCAGUUGUAGUCACGUCUGACGUCUGGCACGGACCUGGCACAGCGCCUCUGAAAAGGCCCAUACCUCCUCCUAGUUUUGGGGAGGAGGACACGUUCACAUCAAUAAUUUAAUUUUCUCAGCUGCAUGUAUACACUUACAAGGAGAGAAGCGGAAAAAAACUAAUAAUGAGCUUAGUCCGAUUAAGCUGCGCAUGUAAACGCACUGAUUGAGUGGAUAACUGAACCUUCAUAAAGCUGAGUCUGUUCCUCUUUCUAGGGAACUACUCACAGGCAUUGGAGGACUUCCAGGAGUGUCUGAAGCUGCAGGUGAAGCACCUGGACCCUGACAGCCGUCUGCUGGCUGAGACUCACUACCAGCUGGGUGUGACCUCCAGCUUAACUUGGCAGUACGGCCAGGCCAUCGACUCCUACAACAGCUCCAUCAGCGUCAUCAAGAGCCGGCUGGGUGAGCAGGAGUCUGAACACUGCUGUAGUUUUUCCACGUAUUUCACUCCGUUUCAUCAUCAGAUCAGACUUUGAUGGUUCAUCUUGUGACAGAAAAACUCCAGGGGCUGCUGGAUAAGGCGGAGGGUCCGGAGGCUCUGCCUGAUGAGAGGAAGGAGAUGGAGGAGCUGAAGGCUCUGCUGCCAGAGAUCCAGGAGAAGGUGGAGGACGCCACAGAGGCUCAGAAAACAGCGAGUAAGGCCGCUGAGGCUGUGAAGGAAGUACUGGUGAGUCCUGGAUUAGGGUUUGAUUCACCGAGACUGAAUCGGGUCUAUUUUUUAAUUUACAUAUUAGAUGAGUCAAGGCAGGAGGGUGGAGCUGCUCAAACUUGCUGGUUUAGGUCUUGAUACUUAAGUUUACCCCUACUCUACAGCUUUUUUUCUUUGUACAGAAAGAGGAAACAUAAAGCUGCGGUGCAUGAAGUAUAAAACAUCCAGAGUCUACAAAUGGAGACAUGAUCUUUAUAUUUGAGCUGUUUUUUUGUUUUUUUUAAAGCUAGGCUGCAAAUUUAUUUUGGGGCUUUUUGAAUGUGAAACCUGAUGGAGUUUUCUUUGCUUUUGUAGUCGGCCUCUAGUGGACACUUGUGAGACUGCAGUGUUAGCUUCAUUCUUCAACUCUGAGGUUGCUGCUUGAUGGUAUAUUGACUGUCCUUUUCUAUUCUCUCAUCAGGAUGGAGGAUCUACUUCCUCUGCUUUCCCUGGAACCUCUGUGCAGAACGGAGACUCUUCCUCCAGUCCAAAGGUUUUCUUUAUACCCAGCUUCAUCUUUUUUUUUUUUUAAUCCAUCUAUUAAUACAGAUUUUCCAUUGUUGCACAUGCAUAAACUAUUAAUCUUUCUAGUCAAUGAUUGCUCACUGUAGCUGUUAAUCAGUCAGUUUUCUUUUUCUGCACAGAUUAACGGCACUAAAACCAAUGGAGUCAGCUCCACCAAUGGAAACUCCUCCACUGCUGCAGUCUCUGAUAUCUCCCACCUGGUCAGGAAGAAGGUGAGGGAGCUGGAUGAGCUUCAUUUGUAGUCUGCAAGCAAAGAAUAGACAGUCCAAGUAACAAUAGACAGACUUGGCCAUCAUGAGUAAGGUGAUGUCUUGACAUCAUGUGGCAGGAGAAAACGAGGGGGGAAAACAAAGAGUAAAAAUAGCAGGAUUACAUGGCAGUUCAAAAGUUGUCUUUGAGAACUGUUACACUAAAAGUGACAGUUCUCCUGAUGUGUUUCACUUCCUCUGCUGGCAGGCCUUAAAAAGUCAGUAGUUAAACCAUUUCCUGGUGAUUUUGUCUUUUCUGACACAGACAAGUUUUGGAUUACAACACAGCAGCUGCUUUGCUUUUCCAGCUCUGUGUUCAAAAUCCCUGGUAUUGAUCAAAUCCCUGUCACAUUAACCCAGAAAGAGGAAAUACCCUAAAUAAGUCACAGCACUGGCCAGGCUCAGGGUUGUUACUGUUUCUUGAAUGUUUUUUCUCUCAUCCUUAUGUAAGGUGAGGUUUGCGUUUUAAUCUUUUCACACACACACACACACACACACCUGUUGAAGUUAGUCUUGUUUCCAAUGAGCGUGUCUGUAUUUCAGAGGAAACCAGAGGAGAGUCCAGUAAAGGAGGGUGUGGUGAAGAAGGUGAAGCAGACUAACGGAGAAGCAGAGCCUCAAACUAACGGCAACACUAACGGACACAGUACAGAGGUCCAGAGGUGAGACAUGCAAGACCGCUUCCAUCUAAAUGAUUGUCUAUGUCGUUUCUCUGCUGAAACUGAAUCUCUUCUCUUUCAGUCAGUGAAGCUCGACUCCAUCCUGGUCCGCCUCAGCCGCGUCACAAAGCUCUUAUUGUUCGUUCACCUGUUUGCUGUUUAUAUAUGUGAAUAUCUUUUUCUAUGCCUGUUGAUAUGUUGGUGAUUGUAAACAUGUUUAACCUAUCGUUCAAUAAAGAAGAGUAUUUGAUUAAAGAAA